GGCAACAUGGCGGACGUGCUCAGUGUCGGUGUGAACCUGGAGGCCUUUGCCCAGGCCAUCAGUGCUAUCCAGGCGCUGCGCUCCAGCGUGAGCAGGGUGUUCGACUGCCUGAAGGAUGGCAUGCGGAACAAGGAGACGCUGGAGGGCAGGGAGAAGGCCUUCAUUGCGCAUUUCCAGGACAACUUGCAGUCUGUCAACCGGGACCUCAAUGAACUGGAACGUCUGAGCAAUUUGGUGGGCAAGCCGUCUGAGAACCACCCUCUCCAUAACAGUGGACUGUUAAGCCUGGAUCCUGUGCAGGACAAAACUCCUCUCUAUAGUCAACUCCUUCAAGCAUACAAAUGGUCAAACAAGUUGCAGUACCAUGCAGGUCUAGCAUCUGGCCUUCUGAAUCAACAGUCGUUGAAACGUUCUGCUAACCAGAUGGGAGUAUCUGCUAAACGCAGACCAAAGGCUCAACCCACGACUCUCGUCUUACCACCUCAAUAUGUUGAUGAUGUGAUCAGCCGCAUUGACAGAAUGUUUCCUGAAAUGUCUAUCCACUUAUCCAGACCCAAUGGAACGUCAGCAAUGCUUCUGGUGACCUUGGGAAAGGUGUUGAAAGUGAUCGUUGUCAUGCGGAGCCUCUUCAUCGAUCGAACAAUAGUGAAGGGGUAUAAUGAAAAUGUCUAUACGGAAGAUGGCAAGCUUGAUAUAUGGUCCAAAUCCAACUAUCAGGUAUUCCAGAAGGUGACCGAUCAUGCCACCACUGCCCUGCUCCACUAUCAGCUGCCCCAGAUGCCAGACGUCGUGGUCAGAUCCUUCAUGCUUCUUGGAGAGCCUGUGGUUCAUUUCUCGGAAUGCACAAACCCGACGUAUUGAUGAGGCUCACAGCGCUGGAGGAGUUGAGCAAGCAAACCCGGUGCACAGCAGAGCCAUCCACGCAGUUCAUCCGUGUGCCAAGAGAACAACUCAAUUGACAGUCUUCAGCGAGCUCUUCGUUUUUGGAUAGAUAGAAAGACUGCUUUUUAACCUAACGUGUUGUAAUGCCCAGUUUCCCUCUGGUAACUGACUUUGGGAUUUUUGGAGGAUUUGAAUUUGAUCAGCACCAAAGGAUAAAUAGUUUAACUGAAUGAUCCAUUGACCUCCUUGUGCUUAUUACCAAAAACCUCAAACACGUAGCCUUUCAGAAGGGGCGCAGUAUCGAUGGGCCGCAGUCUGCUGCCAUGGAAGCAGCUGUGAUGAAGACAGAAGGGUUUGUACCAGUAAAUUCAGCCGACCUCUUCAAAGAACAAUUUUCUCUUGUCGACAUAAUUCAGGAGGACAGUAAAUGAUGAGAUUCAUGUGCCCCUGUCAAAGUGAGAGCUUGCUUAACUUGCUUGCCUAUUGUGGGGUUCAGGUUGUUUGCUUAUUUAUUUAUUUUUUGGUAGCGAAUCUCCUUGAGUUUGAGAAUUGAGUUAUGUUAGUCUCAUCCUUAUGUAUGAUGCCCAAAAGAGCUCUGCACUCUGAACCACUGAGUGUGCCCGUGCUGCUUAUUAUGUUAUUUGGUGGCACUAGGUUGUCCCCGCCCUCCCCUUAGGUGUGUUGGGCUGCAUUGUGACAGUGAGUGAUGACCUCUGAAAUCAGAUUAGAAAGAAGGCCUGUUGACCUCAGUGGAGAAUUCUAAAAUCCUCAUCUGUGCGCAGUCUGUACCGCACAUGUCCGUGACCACUUCUUGGUGUGAACAAGGAGAGGAUCAAUACCAAUAUUCAGAAGACAGGAGGCUCAGAGAUGAAACGUGGUUAUGGCAGCCCGUGAGCCACAAGGCUGCGCAGUAGUUCACAGCCACUCCUUCGGGAGCACUUCUUGCCUUUGAGAGUAGGAAUUUCUAUUUUAAAAACUGCCUCAGUUGGGAGGGGCUGGGGGAGCGCCAGAACUAAAAAUCAGCAGUGUUAUGACCUUGUGGAUUCUGCAUGCAGCUUUCUGUAAAAGCACAGGGUAUCUUCGGGGGUCACAGCCAGCUUAAGUUCUCUGUCCUCAAGAUCAUUAGGCUUGACAGGAAGGAUGACAUUGGAAGCACCCGGAUCCCAUUUCUUUCAUUCUUUCCUCACUUC